UGAAUUGUUAACCUGAUUAAAUUUACUAUAGUAUGAAGUUGAACAUUCGAAAGAGGCUGAUUAUGGACCACCUAAAAGUUAAAGUUACUGGUGUAUGGAUAUUGAUUACAAUUGUUUGUGCAUUAUCAGUUGAAGGAGCAGCUUAUGGCGAAAAUUGUACUAGUUCAACUUGUUCAGAAACAGGGAACAUAUGUGGUAGUAACAACAACUGUACUUGUUCCAGUACAACAUUUAGAAAAAAUAACACCACGGAAUGUGCUACAAAAAUUGUAUUAAAUACAGUAUGUGAAGUGAGUGAAUCGGCUGACCAAUGUGAAGAUUCUCUUGCUGAAUGCCGGAAUGAUAAUGGAUUCAAAUGUUUAUGCAAAGACAAUCAUUUUGAAAAGAAAACUGGUCUCUGCGCACCACGAAAAGCAUUUAAUGGAACAUGUGAUAAUACAGAUUCUGCAGCUGACCAAUGUUUAGAAGCCAACAUGGGAUGCCUCAACCAAGGUUUGGGGAUAUAUCAAUGUCUGUGUAACAGUAACUAUUACGAAGAAGGAGGGACUUGUUAUGAAAGAAGGAAACCAUAUGAAGAUUGUGAAGAGGGACGUUGUGUCGUCCAUGCCACGUGUAACACGAAUUGCACGUGUGACAUGGGAUAUGAAGCAUCACCAGUAGUGAGUCCUACUCAGUGCAAUGGCGGUGGUAGAGAAACAGUUGCGCUAUUAUAUCUUUUAACAGUGGCAAAUAUUUUGAGUCAAAUGCUACUUUCCCUUUGAGUGCCCAUUUCUGUUUAUUUUUAUUGUUUUCAAAUAUCCUAAUUAAAAUUUAAGAUAAUUAUGAAAGUUUUAUGUUA